CGCCCACCGAGCCGCCCGCGCUCGAUUGCUCCUGUCUGGUGGCGGCAGCAUGGCGGCGGGGGCGCUAGAGGCGGCGGCAGUAGCUGUGGUGGAGGUUGGCUCAGCCAGGCAGUUUGAGGAGCUGCUUCCCCUCAAAGCCAAGUCCCUCCUUGUGGUGCAUUUCUGGGCACCAUGGGCUCCGCAGUGCGCCCAGAUGAACGAGGUGAUGACAGAGUUGGCCAAAGAACACCCCCAGGUCUCCUUCGUGAAGUUGGAAGCUGAAGCUGUUCCUGAAGUAUCCGAAAAAUAUGAAAUUAGUUCGGUUCCCACCUUUCUGUUUUUCAAGAAUUCUCAGAGCAUUGACCGAUUAGAUGGUGCACACGCCCCAGAACUGACCAAAAAAGUUCAGCGACAUGCGUCCGGCAGCGCCUUCCCGCCCAGCACCAAGGAGCACCCGAAAGAAGACCUCAACCUCCGUCUCAAGAAGUUAACCAACGCUGCCCCCUGCAUGUUGUUCAUGAAGGGGACUCCUCAGGAGCCUCGCUGUGGUUUCAGCAAGCAGAUGGUAGAAAUUCUUAACAAACAUAAUAUUCAAUUUAGCAGUUUUGACAUCUUCUCAGAUGAAGAGGUUCGUCAGGGGCUCAAAGCUUAUUCCAACUGGCCCACCUACCCUCAGCUGUAUGUUUCUGGAGAGCUCAUAGGAGGGCUUGAUAUAAUUAAGGAGCUAGAAGCAUCUGAAGAACUAGAUACAAUUUGCCCCAAAGCUCCCAAAUUAGAAGAAAGGCUCAAAGCACUGACAAAUAAAGCUUCUGUGAUGCUCUUUAUGAAAGGAAAUAAACAGGAAGCAAAAUGUGGAUUCAGCAAACAAAUUCUGGAAAUACUAAAUAGUACUGAUGUUGAAUAUGAGACAUUUGACAUAUUGGAGGAUGAAGAAGUGCGGCAAGGGUUAAAAGCGUACUCCAGCUGGCCGACGUACCCUCAGCUGUACGUGAAAGGGGAGCUCGUUGGGGGACUGGAUAUUGUCAAGGAACUAAAAGAAAAUGGUGAAUUGCUGCCUAUACUGAGAGGAGAAAAUUAGUAAAUGUUGAACUUGGUGCCCAGCUGCCGCAAGAGAGACUGAUCCCAGUGGGGCUCUCCUGAUGCAGUCCUCAGGAGCGGGCCAGGAGGAGAAGGCUUCUUGUCGCUUUGUGUACUUCACAAGGUUCUGCUAAAUGUAUGUUUCAUUUUUUCCACCGAAAAUAGAAUGCAAUAAACCUCUUCAAAUUCAAUUGAAAAUAAUUGUGUAAAAAAGUGUAUCUUUACAGUGAUGUUAAACAGUUACUGUAAUUAA